AUGAGCUACUCAAAUUCAUCAAAUGAUACAGUGUUACAACUAAGUGUGGGAAAAUCGAACGGCGGUCAGAAAAAACAAACCAAUCUUAAACGUUAUAUUAUACGAUGGCUCAAAGGAUUAAGGACCUUAACAAUUCAAAAGAAAGUCAUUUACUUCUUGAUCAUUAUGGUUAGUUGUUUUAUUUUAUACCCAAACUAUCAUAAUCGAGUGCUACAUGACAAGAACAAGGGCAAUAAAGAUUUGGAUUUGGAAGAAAUAAUCAAUCCAAAUGACAAAUUCCAUGAUUCUACACUAAAAAAUAUAAUGAAACGAAAAGCUCAUGCUGAUAAAAUAAAACAAAUGAAAGAGAAAUAUGUAUGA